GAAAAGCGAGCGAACAUAUUUUCUUUGGCUUGAAAAAACAAGAGCGCAGUGCCAAGCAGAAGGCGUAGACUUCCUCCAAACAUUUCCUCCGCCAUCUCCGCUUUCUAGACCUCAACUUAAGGAAUCUUAUGAACAUUUGUACCAAAAAAAACAAACAAAACAAAAAAACAAAACUGACGCGGUAAUCUUCCAGAGAGUCGUCGGCUGCACAACGCAACUUUUUUGGAGAAACAUGGACUGGGGAACCGAUCUUUGGGACCAGUAUGAUGUCAUCGAUAAACAUACCCAAUCAGGACUUGACCUGGUGGAGCGUUAUAUCAAAUUUGUGAAGGAGCGCACAGAGAUCGAACAGAACUAUGCCAAACAGCUCAGGAAUCUGAAUAAGAAGUAUGCCAAAAGAGGAAGCAAGGAAGAGCAAGAGUGCAAAUUCACGAAUCACGCGUCAUUCCAGGAGAUUCUUAAUGAGCUCAACGACUAUGCUGGCCAACGGGAGCUCAUCGCCGAGAACAUGAUGACGGGCAUCUGCGUGGAGCUCACGAAAUACCUCCAGGAUCUCAAACAGGAGCGCAAAACGCACCUGUCUGAUGCUAAGAAAGCCCAACAGAAUCUAGAGGGCAGCUUCAAGCAACUUGAAAGUACCAAGAAGCGCUUCGCCAAAGAGUGGGCGGAGGCUGAGAAAGCCACGCAGCAAGCCGAGAAAACGGAGAACGACCUCAAUGCCACCAAGCUGGAUGUUGAGAAAGCUAAGCAGCAUGCCCAUGUGCGUAUGCACACGGCAGAAGAAUGCAGGAAUGACUAUGCAGCACAACUCCAGAAAUACAACAAGGAGCAGAACCUCUUCUACUAUACAGAAAUACCUCAAAUCUUCAAUAAGUUGCAGGAUAUGGAUGAGCGUAGGAUUAGGCGGUUAGCAGAGGCCUACAGCCAGUUUUCAGAGACAGAGAAGAAUGUAAUGCCAAUCAUCUCCAAGUGUCUAGAGGGCAUCUCCACAGCAGGAACCAAAACUAACGAGAAACAGGACUCGAUGCUGGUCGUAGAGCAGCACAAGUCAGGCUUUGAGCGACCUGGGGAUGUGGAGUUUGAGGACUAUAGCCAAGGAAUCAAACCAGCGACUUUUGACUCGAGCCUCAACCCGCCGCGAGUACGCACCAAGCUCUGGCCAUUCAGCAAGAAGAACAAGCUCCCUGCAGCAGAAGACUUCUCUCACCUUCCCCCGGAGCAGAGGAAGAAGAGGUUGCAAGCGAAAAUUGACGAAAUCACCAAAGACCUGCAGAAAGAGCUCGACCAAAGUGAGGCGCUGGAAAAGAUGAAGGGUGUGUAUGAGCAGAAUCCACAGAUGGGAGACCCCUCCAGCCUCGAGCCCCAGAUCUCAGAGACCGCUCAGAACAUAGGCCGCCUCAAGGGGGAGCUCACCAAAUAUGAGUCGUGGUUGUCAGAAGCAAUUGGAGGAGAAGAAUCCUCCAAUUCCAUCAACAAUAACACCCAACAUGGUCCGUCGGCAACAGACACAUCUCAGAACAUCUACACAGAGUUUGAUGAUGAGUUUGAUGACAUAGAGACCCCUAUUGGCCAGUGCACUGCUCUUUACUCCUUUGAAGGCAACAGUGAGGGCACCAUCACUGUAAUGAAAGGAGAACAGCUGAGCGUGAUGGAGGAAGAUAAAGGAGAUGGCUGGAUGAGAGUUCUUAGAGCCGGUGGACAAGAGGGCUAUAUACCUUCAUCCUACGUCCAACCAAGCCCAUGACGCGUGUCCAUUCACACACACACACACACACAAUAAUCAAAACCAAGUGUCAAGUCAGAGAUCAAUACAAAAUCACCCAGUAAUAUCGGAGCUAUUCAUGAGAGCUGUUCUUAUGUCACUUCUCUUAUCUCUGUCAGUGGCAUAUGGCAUAUGAAAACAAUAGAUUAUUAAGCUUAUUAUUAUCAAGGCUAAUUGCAUUAUUAUACAAUUCUGGUCUCUGCUGCACUAUAUUCCUAGACUUCAUGGUUAAAGGGUGAGUCUUGGGCAUAGAUGGUCCUCUCUGAUCACUGUGUUGCAAGUCUGGCUCCACACAUCUGUCCACCUGCCUAUGCUCGCAUUUCCAACAUCUUUAUUUCAUAAGGCUAGCCAUCCUUACUCAACAUCACAACAGUUCUGUCUAAAUAUACCAUUCAGUCUUCUUACCUUACAGGACAAUGUGAGCUUUUGUUGUUGUGUGAAAUUUAAUGAACUAUAACUGGAUGAAAACCACUAUUUUAUGAAGAGUUGUAAAAAAAAUGUUGGUAUAAACUAAUAAUGCCUUUAUAAAGAUUUCAGCCCUGUAUAGGAUUGCUUAUUAACGCCAUCUGACAUGACAGCAAUACUUCUGCUAAGCUUCGGGGGUCCCUCUACACUAGGACAGAAUUACAUGGGACCUACCUUGCAAACAGUAUUUUUAUAUUUUUUAAGAAUAAUUUAAAACGAUGUCAGACCCAAAGAAAAAGCACAAUGGCAAGUGAACGAUUGAGAUUGUUAGUAAUUAUCCAUCCAUCCAUUAUCCAAACUGCUUAUCCUGCUCAGGGUCGCAGGGAUGCUGGCGUGUAUCUCAGCAGUCAUUGGGCGGCAGGUGGGGAGACGCCCUGUACAGGCCGCCAGUCCAUCACAGGGCCGACACAUUCACACCUAGGGACAAUUUAGUACGGCCGAGUCACCUGACCUACAUGUCUUUGGACUGUGGGGGGAAACCAGAGCACCCGGAGGAAACCCACCCAGACAUGGGGAGAACAUGCAAACUCCACAAAGAGGACGACCUGGGAUGACCCCCCAAGGUUGGACUACCCCUGGGCUCAAACCCAGGACCUUCUCGCUAUGAAGCGACCGCACUAACCACUGCACCACCGUUCUGCCUUGUUAGUAAUUAUGCUAAAUUUAUCUUCAUCAUUUGUGUGACUGCUGUGUAAAUGUUCUCUAUCUGUGUUUCCACCCACUUGACCAUAUGAAUGCUUUUGUGCAGCCACAGACUAUGCAUAAGCAACCAUGGUGACAAACUCGCAUCAGAAUAAUUAACAAGCCCAAGUUUUAACCAUUUUUGAGUUUUCCAACAUGAACAGAAGUGGCUGGAAGGUAUACCACAGCAUCGGUCAUUUGCCCGUUUUAUCAGAUGGCUCUUUUUCUGGGUGCCUGUUUUGUUAUUAUACACGUAUAUUGUAAUUAGCUGGUCUUUGUGUCAUUUGACCACCUGUAUUCGUGUUCUGAGCCUUGAGAGUUUGAAAUAUUCGUCUUGCUUUGUCUGUGUUUCGAUGCUCUGAAAUCCCAACGUUCUCGUCAACCCCAUCUCAAAGUAAAUCAGAGGAGAUGAAAUGGACCUCCCUCCAACAGAGGAGAGAGGAGAGCAGAGCAAUUUAAGGAUCAUGGGAACAGUUUGGGAUUUAACUUCUCACCACAAUCUUCAGGAGUUUGGAAAAGGAAGAAUGACGACAAUUGUUUAACCUCACACUUGCCAAGAGCCAUCUAAAGUUUACCCAUUUCUUUCUCUGUCAAUGUUCUGUCCUGGACUAGUGGACAUUUUCUCAUGUUUCAAGGAGUAUGUUAUUUGAUAUAUAGAUAAAAAAAAAGAUGUACCAUUUA